UGCAUGCGCAGACGUGAGACGCCAUAAAACACAAAAAGUAAAUUGUGCUGCGCGGCGGAAGACGGUUGUCUUUCCGCGCUGCACCACCUGGAAUGAGCUGGUCCCUGAAGCUCACCUGACGGCACCCUGACCAGGUACAGCCUAAACGGUGAGACCUGUACCAUUGUAACCAUCCACAAUGAAAGACCCAAAGAGAAAGCUCACAAUCCUAGACCCUGAGACGGCUACCACCAGCAGCUCAGUGGGGGCUGUGCGCUGGGCGCUACCAGAGGAUGACGCUCCUUCACACAGCUCCGUGCCCACCAGAGCCCCAGCCAGCAGACAGAAGGACCUGAGAGACCUACGUGGCCUACAGGAAUGUGUGCAUUUCAUCCGCACAUGGAAGCAACAAGUCGAGCAUGUGUGCAAGAAACCAGGUGGCAGCAAGAAAGACCACCCCACCACCCACAGUCUGGAGAGGAGCAGGGAACUCAUCCUACAGUGGGCUGAUGAGCUCAAAAGAGUUGACUUGCUAUUCGGUGAUCUCACCCAAGAGACGAAGGAAGAAGAACACAAAAGCCAAUCAGAGGAAGAGCAGAGGAUUCAGGAGUGGGCCAGGGAGCUUCAAAGUGUGACAGAGAGCUGUGGGCUGGUGCGAGAGGAGAUGCUUCAGGCCCUGAGACAGCUGGAGUUGCGCAAGAAGAAGCUGAAGACCCUGCUGCCCUUCCUGGAGUUCAUCACCUGGUCACUGCUCAAAGAGGACAGCAGGGACACAGAUGUGUCACAGAUGUGGCUUGCCGCCAAACAGCGAGCUUGGAAAACAGAGACACCCAAGUACAUCCCAAAUUCAGUGUGGAGUUGGAUUUGCAGUGCAUCAGCCGACGUGACGCUGGACCCCAUGACCAACCACCCGUGGCUACUGGUGUCCGACGACCGCAAGCGGGUCCAGGAGUCGCACGCCGAGACCGAGGUGUCCUACAACGCGCAGCGCUUCGACAGCUGGCCGUGCGUGCUGGGCUGGGAGGGCAUGGCUACGGGCCGCCACUACUGGGAGGUGCGGUUGGCCAACAACGGCUACUGGAGGCUGGGCCUGACCACCGCUUCGUCCAAGCGCCACGGCCGCUUCACCAUGUGCCCGGAGGAGGGCUACUGGGCCAUGUGGCGCAGCACGCGCCAGUUCUACGCCUGCACCAAGCCAGAGACGCAGCUGCCCCUGGACAUGGUGCCCACCCGCAUGGGCAUUUACCUGGACUAUGAGGAGGGCCAGAUCUCCUUCUACAACGCAGAGACCCGCUCGCACAUCUUCACCUUCAAAGGCACUUUUCGCGAGAAGCUCUAUCCGCUGUUUGCGCCCCUGGACGGGCGCACGCUCAUGACAAUUCUGUCGCCCGAAAUGUGAGGCUUGGUCUCUCUGCAGCAGCAUUCCUCGUCAAGGGAAUUCAUUACUUCAGUGCUUCUUCAUUACCACUAUCCUGCUUCCACCUGUAUCCCACUCAGCUACAAUAAAAAGGAAGAAAAACA